CUCUUUCUUUUGGCCUCCUCCCUUGGCUUCUGUGCUCUGCUGCCCAGCUGUUCCUGGAUUAGAGAGUCGUGGAGCAGGCGCUUGAACCACCCGCAACAACAUGGGGAACAUGGCUUGUGUUCCCCACGCCUCUGGGAGGCUCAGAUAUUCCUUUUCGAGGAAGCCCUCGCUCAGGAAAGAACAAGACAGUAAGAAGAAACUAGCCGGCCUUUUUGGUUUCGAACCAGGGCAGGAGAGGGAUGUCACCUCCGACAAGAUACUCCAGUAUAUCCCUGGAAAAAGCCUCGCUGCCCAGGAAAAUGGGAAGGAAAACAUUGACCAGCGGUUCCCAGGACUGUUCAAGAAGGGCAGGAGGAAGACCGUGGUGCGUAACCUGGGGAAAAUUAUCUAUUACUCCAAGGUCAAAUUCAAGUUCCAGCAUUGUCAGGAAGUGAACGAUUGUUACCUGGAGCUCUUUCAAGCCUACCUCUAUUUCCAGUCCCUUGGUCCAAAUGGACUCACCUACCAGGGUUUGCUCCCCUUGAGAGAACUCCAACUGACCGAACUCGAGAGCCCAAAGGGAACCGAACAGGAAGUUCACGCUUUCCAAAUCACAGGUCAUUUGCUCAGUCCCCUGAUCGUCUACUGCCCCAACCGGACGGAAGUCAAGCGCUGGCUCUAUCACUUGGAGAAGCAGAUCCAUUUGAAUGGAGGGAGCCUCGACCUGCCCUUCCUCACUCAGAAUGACCUGAAACAGAGUGCGGUGGGUCGCGAGCAGCUCCGGUGGUCCGUGCAGCACGCCCCUGUGCAAGAAUGGAGGGGGACCCAGCGGGAGUCUCUGGGUGACAUUUUGUGCGUCUCUAAAGUGCCCCAUCUUCUGCCUUUCCAGGAGGCUCAUGAUAGGUUGUUGAUCCUCUAUCCAUCCACCCUGGUAAUCGUAUCUGAAGAACGUAACAGUCUCUACUUUAAGGGAGAAUUGCCCUUGAAUGCCAUCCAAGUCCAGUUCGAAGAAAACCAGAAAACAUCUUUUCUAAUAGAAGGUCGGUUAAUCAAUUCCAUCCGAGUGAUUUGUCCCUCAUAUGAAGACUACCAGGAGUGGCUCUAUUGCCUCAAAACGGCCCAGUUCCGCAAUGCGGACUCCUCCCUCUCUGGAUCAGAGAGCUUCUCGGGACCAAAACCACCACAUUUGACUCAGUUCUCAGGAAGUGGUAGAGGCUCACUCACCUCCGACGGCCGAACCAAUUCCUGGGCGUCCGGAGGGAAGGGCGCAACGUCCACUCACCAUUCCCAGAACAGCACAGGCUCCCGUUCUGAGAAGCAGUCGUUUGGAGUGAUGCCAGAGAACCAGUUAGCAGAAGGUCCUCAGCCAGUCCAUUGUCUAGGAAAUCCAGCGAUUCCAAAACCCGAACUGAAAAGGAAAGGGAGCUCUCGGAGGUCCAAAGGGAAGUGUGGCCCACAGCAACCGCAAAUCAACAGUCAAGACUCGGAACGGAGCAAUUUCCAGCUCAUCCCUGAGCACGCCAGUGGGGAAGUCUUGUCUCCGGUGUACAAUGAGCCAUACACAGCCCUGGUCCAACAACAACAGCACCUUGCCGGUCCACAGCUGUAUUUGGAUCUGAACCAUCUGAAACAAUGGAACUCGCCGAGGAGUCAGGCUUGCACAGCGCCCCAAAAUGUGAACACGCCUUUGUCAUGCUCCCCCAUGUAUGCCGACCCUUACACACCCAAUUCCCCCACUUUGCACGGGGCAUCGGACUCCAAGUUUGCAGAAGAGUUCAUGCGGCACCAUGGAGAGUCCACCUUGGAGCAGCAGAACGGCUACCCCGCCAUGCCGGUGUCGGUCCCCAUCACCCAUCACCUUCCAAUGCAAAAGAAGAACCCUGGGAACCACUGGCGAGAGCCACCUACUGCUCAGCGAUCCAGCCCAGUUUUGAAUUUUUCAGCAAUGCCUCCAUCAGACAAUGACUACCUGACUGCCCACACCUUGUCCAGAGAUAGGGAAGAACUUCGGUUGCCUUCCUUGCCAACAUCAGAGAAAAGCAUUGGGACGUACAACCUGCCAGAAAGCGGACGGGAACGUCUCGACUCGACCUAUCACGACUAUGCUGAACUCCAGAGCUUUCAGAGCGACUUCAGUUACGACAACAUCUGGGAUAUGGAGACAAAGGACAAUGAUAUCUAUCAUUGCUAGAGGCUUAAAUGACUUGAAGAGAGUCAGAAAGAAACAUGCCUUCCACUCUGUUUCCUGCCGUUCUCUGCUGAAUAAUGUAAAAGACUGGAUGCCGAGUCCCUGGCAAUCCACUUUUCUCCCCCGCUUUCCCUCUCUUCCUUCACUUUGUUGUUGUGGUGCUAUGACAAAUGGGUCUGGAAAAGAGCCUGGAAUUUCACCAAGCCCAUUCAGUCCACAGCGGUGACCUUUGUCGGUACAUGUCUGGGAUCCUGGGCUGUCUGGAGUUGCUAGGCAGAAAAGCUUUUGCGGUUGGCUUGCGUCCCGUCGGAUCUGUGGAUCUUGCCAUUUCCCAGUUCGAAAAGAUCAAGAGGCAAAGCAAGCUUGUGUUUGUAAAUAUGCCCUUCAGUUCAAAGGCUGUGGAAGGAUGGAAUGCAAACUCAGUGCCUUAUUGGUGGAGCAAUGCGAACCUGAAACUCCUCUGAAAUAACAGCCCAACAGUAUUCAGGGUCCGGGAAUGAA